AUGCCGAAGAAUAAAACAACUGAAUCAAGUAGAAGACAUGGUUUCGUCUCAUUUAAAGAAAGGGUUGAUUCAAUCAAAAUAGAACCAAGUAAAAGAUUAAAUAAACGAGUAUAUGAUGAUGUUGAAUCUUCACAUACUCUCUCAACUUUGGAACAUUGGCAAGAAUUAAAUUUAUCAGGAACUUUCACAGGUUUAAUAGAUGAUAUAAUAGAUUCGUGUCAGUCAUUACCACAAGUUAUCCAUCAUAAAGAUAAAAUAUAUGAAGCAAUAUACGAAGCAAUUAAAUCAAACGAUAUACAUUCACUACAACCAUUAUUUGAAGUACUUAGUCAGUUUAUUCACGAUUUGGGACCAGAUUUUUUACCAUAUUAUCCAAAAACUUUGAAUUUAAUAAGCGAAAUAGUAUUAACAGUUAAUCCAAAUGAUCUUCAAAAUAGUCGAAAUUCAUCGAAUGCAUUAGACUGGGCAUUUAGUACAUUAGCAUUUACAUUCAAAUACUUGGUGAAAUAUUUGACAGAAGACUUAAUACCAACAUUUCUGGAGUUAAUACCUUUAUUGAAAUUAACGAAUAAACAAUAUAUUUCCAGAUUUUGUGCAGAAUCGCUAUCAUUUUUAGUCAGAAAGCUGAGUCCAGAUGUGGUUAGAAGUUUCAUACGAUAUGCAUUGUAUGAUCAAGUUGAUGCAAUCAUGACUAAUGCAAAUUACUUGGAAUCAAUCAAAAUAAUAUUCAGUGAGUCAAUGAAAAAUACAAAAGGUACUUUCCACACAAAGUCUAGGACAAUUCUUACAAUAAUAUUGGAUUGUGUUAUCAAUGAAAUACACACAGAGGCUCAACUGAAAAUUGUCAGUCUACUUUCGGAUAUAUUAUUGGACGUGCUACACCACGGAGAAGCAGAAGCUUGUGAAAGCUUCUAUAAUUUAAUUUCAGAAGAAUUAAGUAGACUAAUACAGGAAAAUCAAGAUGAAGUUGUGCUAUUGAUGAGUUGUCAAAUUCUUUCCACCCUUUGUUUCACCGAUUCGGGGAAAAAAGUCUCAAAUUGGAGUAAAAUUUUACAAUUGAUUGAUCAAAUUAUUGUGCUUAUGCAAACUAAGGAGUCAAUCUCAAUAGAACUAAAUGAAUCCAUUGUCUAUUUAUUACUGGUUGUUUUUAGAAAUGUUCCAACGCAGGCAUUAAUAAAGUAUCAAAAGCGUUUCAUUGAUAACAUCAUGGUCAUCAAUAAUGGUGCUGGAUUCUUACCAUUCAUGUUUUCAGGAUUAAACAACAAGUAUUCGAAACUAUCAGAAUUUGGCAUAAACCUGUACAUACAAGAUUACAUGAAUAAAUUUAGUGAUGACGAGGAGGUGUUUAAAAGAGAGGCAUUUUUCCUCGAAAUUUCAAAAGAAACAAAAUUUAGUUUUCCUAAUUCAACUGCUAACAAAUUAGUUGGAACCCUUUUGGAUGAUAUUGAGCAUCAAAGGUUUUUUGAUAUUUCAUGGAAAUUGAUAUUAAUUAAACAUUCCAAAAACAUAAAAGUUGAUGAAACUAUUUUGAGCAAACUUUUGUUUGAAUCACCAGACACAACCUUAGGUAAUGAGCUUGUGUGUCUCACCAUGUACCUUUUGAUGCCAAUUUUAACAUCGUCAUCCCACAUUUUAAAUGAAAUGGUUGAAUUUUUUGUGAAUAAUUUCAAAAGAUUCCAAAAGUCCAAAAGUUUCCUACCAGCAUUAUCAGAAUUAAUUAAACUUUCCGAAAAUUCAAAGAUUUUUAUGGACAACGUUUUAAAUUGUCUUUUACUACCGAGUCAUCAAUCAAAGUCAGAUGCUAUUGAGUUGAUAGAACUUAUACUAAGGUUAAAUAAUGAGGCUGUAUCGGAGACUCUAUCACAAAUAAAAAUAAUAGAAGAAAUUCCAUUGUCACUACAUACUGGAAGAGAUCUCACAUUGAGGAUCAGAAAUUUAGCAAACAGCUUUCAAAAAGAAAUAAGUCCAUCAAAAUUCGAUAAAAUAUUGAUCUCAAAAUACUUUUUUGGAUUAUUGUCUAAUAAAUUUCAACCAAGUUGGAAAGCCGUUUUUGAAGCUUUGCCAACAAUAUCAAGCUCAUGUAAAUCAGAAUUAUGGGAGAAUGCUUAUACACUUUUAACUAUGGAUUACUAUAAUGAGACAUCAACCAAUGGUUUUGAGGACGAAAAGUUUUCAAAUUUGAUAGACUGGCAACCCCAAAGUACUAAAUUGAUACAAAAUUUUGAAUUUUAUGAAACCAACUAUUUGGGUCCAUUCAGGAAUAUCAAUGCCUCGAUCUCAAAUUUAUGUAAUGCUGCUUGCAAUGGAAAUUCAUUCGAAGUCAUGUUACGCUCUAAUGUUCUACAUGCUUUACAAGCUUCCCCAGACAUAGUCAAUCAAUCUGAAUUAGUUGAUUUAUUCUUAGGUCAAGGUCAAAAUAGCGAGAAUUUUCAAAACUGGUCCAAGAAUGACAAAAAUGAUUCUCUAGUUUUGAUAUCAAAAUUGAAGAAUUUAAGAAAGUUGAAAGAUAGUGAGAAAUUGUAUGCAAGAAUGUUAUCACUUUUGUCCAGUUCAUAUUCGAAAGUUCAGCAAUUAUCGCUAGAUGUCAUAUUUGCAUUUCAUGACCCGAUAAUCAACAAAUAUAGAGAUAACUUAAAAAAUUUAUUGGAUGAUGUAACUUUUAGUGAUGAAAUAUCAAAAUUUACUGAUUUAAACAGCCCAUUUGAAAUUGAGGAUAAAUCACAUAUCAUGCCAUUAGUGAUUAGAAUAUUAUUUGGGAAAGUACAAGGUAAACCUUCAAGUAAGAGUAAAUUAGGUUAUAGAAAUGCUGCAUUGUCAAGUUUACCAAAUUUCAAUGACGCGGAUAUCAUCUCAUUCAUAAAUAUAGGUUCAGAGAAAUUGAAUUAUGAAGAUUAUUUUGAAGGAAGAGCUCCUUUGGCGAGCUUGGGUUUGGUUAAAGGUGAGUUGAACAAAAUUACUGGUUAUAUGAAUUUACUUCAUCAAAUGUACGAACUUUUGAGUAAAAAUUAUGCAUCUGUUUUGUCUGUUACAAUUGAACCAUUGAUUUAUUCAUUAUUAGCUGCUCAAAAUAGACUAGAUUGUUCAUCGGACAUUGUGGCUGAUGUUGAGGAAAAAGACGAUGAGGAAAUUGUUGGUGUCAAAAUGGCAAAAAGUAUAAGACUGAUUGGUAUGAGAAAUUUAAAAGAAUUGUUCACGAUUUUAGGUCCAGACUUUAAUUGGAAGAAUUACGUCCAAGUUAUUUCGAAUAAUUUAAUACAACCACGUUUAAAUAAUUUUGCAAAUGAAAACUCCCAGCAACCGUCGGCGGCAUUACUUUUGAUAUGCUCAUGGAUAAAUCAAUUUAAUACAUUACCAUUCCUUUUCGCUAAUGAUUUUGAACCUGUUAAAGCUGUGUUGUCUAUCUUGGAAAAGAAAGAUGCAAAAGAAUCUGUUGUCUCCGAAGUUUUGGAUUUCGCGAUAAAAGCGCUAGAGAAGAAAAAUGAAUCAAAUGAUGAUUAUUACACAUUACUAGCAAUUGUUGUUGAUUCUUUAUUACAAACAUUACCUAUUACCAUUGAUCGUAUUUAUAACCGUGAUGUUGGGUCGAAAGCAAUCAGAAUUUUAUUAUUGAUGAUUGAAGGAGAAUACAUAGAUACAAAUGAGUCAAAACUGGUCUUAAUAAACUCAUUGACUUUUGCACUCGAGAAAAGUAAUCAACACAUUGAUCUCAAAGAUAAAGCAAAUAUCCUUAUAUCAUUGUCAUCUUUGAUCGGGUCCUAUGAAUGUUCAUUUGAAGAUAUUGAACCGUUAUACCUUGCUUGUUCCAAACUUUUAAGAAUAUUUCCAACUAGAGAAAUUCGUGAGACUUUGUCAACUUUAUUUGUUUCCUUUGGUCUUAAAUUUCAUGAAUUGAAAUUAGUGUCUGAAUUAAUUUCUGAUUUAAAUGCAUACACCACAAGAAUGAGUGAGUAUGAUUUUGAAAAACGAUUAAAUGCGUUUAAAUUGAUUAAUGAAGAAUAUUACAAGUCUUUUGAUGUAUUACAAUGGACUCCCUUAGUCAAUGCUGGUUUGUUUUUCAUCAAUGAUCCUACAGAAUUAGUUAUUAGAGAAAAUGCCACUUUCAUGUUGAAAAGAUUUGUAGACUGUUAUAACUCAAAAACAACUUUUGAGGAAGCUGCUCCAUACAUACAUUUGUUGAAAGAUACAAUUUUACCAAUACUUAGAGUCGGUUUGAGGAAAGAAAAUGAAGAUAUUCAAAGCGAAUAUGUAUCACUAUUAGAGUAUAUUGUGCAAGAAGAUAAAUUCUUUAAUGAAUUAAGUGAUAUGCAGAUAUUAAUCGGUGAUGAUGAAGACGAAGAGCUGCAAUUUUUCAAAAAUAUAAAUCAUAUUCAAUUACAUUUACGUCAAAGAUCAAUACGAAGAUUAUUAGAACAUCGAGGCAAAUUGAAUGAUAAUAGUAUAUCUCAUUAUAUAUUACCGUUACUUGAAAAAUAUGCUGUUUCCAAGGAAGAGAAAUUCAGGAACAUUGGUCUUGAAUCAUUAGAGGCUAUUAAAGUUUUGGCAGAAUCUGUUAGUUGGAAUCAAUACAAAGCAAUUUUUAAACGAUAUAUAAGUGGGCUAAAACUAGAAACGGAUGUUUUGAGACAGAAAGUUAACCUAAUAGUAGCAAUAUCAACUGUUUUGAAAGAGUUGAAGAUGUUGUCAAUGCAAGAUGAGUUUGAUAAAUUUGUUUUGAUGGAAAUUCUACCAACACUCACAAAAAUUUUGCAAGUGCGUGAUGACAAUACAAUAGUUGCAAGAGCCCCAUUAGCUGAAGCUGCCAUUAAUUUAAUAAUGUGUAUCACACCUGAAAAAAUCAAUGAUGAAUUACCCAAAGUCUUAACCAAUUUGUGUCAAGUUAUGAGGUCAAGAUCAGAAGAGUUGAGAGAUGCUGUAAGAAAGACUCUAGGUAAAAUUACUACAUCAUUAGGUUCUCAUUAUUUAAUAUUCAUUUUAAAAGAAUUGCAGACUGCAUUAUCAAGAGGUUCUCAAAUUCAUGUUUUAAGUUUCACUACGAAUUAUUUGUUACAAUGUUUAUCAAAAGAGUUGAAGCAUGGGGAUUUGAAUGAAUCAGUGCCAUUAGUUAUGAAUGUUGUGAUGGAAGAUAUAUUUGGUGCUGCUGGUCAAGAAAAGGACGCGGAUGGUUAUACUAGUAAGAUGAAGGAAGUUAAAUUUAAAAAAAGUUUUGAUACAUGUGAAAUUUUAGCAUCAAAUAUAACUUUGAAUGAAUUUGGUGAAUUGAUUGCACCUAUUAGAUUAUUAUUAAAAGAAGUUGUCAAUCAUAAAGUUCAAGUUAAAUUAGAUGAAGUUUUGAGGAAACUAUCGAUGGGUUUACAUCAUAAUGUUGAUGCAUCGAAUGUGAAGAUUUUACAUUUAUGUUAUGAAAUUUUCAUGAUGUCAAUUGAUAAUGAAGAAGAGAAAGAAAAAUUGAUCAGUGCUACAGAAGCUCACUUCUUGACUGUUUUGGACAGGAAAGUUAAGACACACAUUGAUAAAUCUAUUUACAAACAAACUAUGCAAAAACUUUCGUUGGAAUUAUUAAGAACUGCGAUAUCACGUCAUGAACUGUUAUUAAAUACGUCAAAUAUGAAAGGAUUUAUUCCAUUAUUAACUACUGCUAUAUAUUCAGAAAAUGAAGGUGUCAUUUUGGCUUCAUUAAAAGUACUAUCAAUAGUUGUGAGAUUACCAUUUGACGAAGAAACUCAAAACAUUUUAAAAACUUGUGUUAGAAAAGCAUUAAUUAUUAUAAAAGAUUCACCCACUACAAAUUCAGAUAUAGUCCAAUCUGCUUUAAAGUUUUUAGCUACAACUAUAAAACACAACCCAAAAGUAGUAUUGAAAGAAUCAGCAAUAAGUUAUGUUUUGAGUAGAAUUCAACCAGAUUUGGAAGAGCCAAAUAGACAAGGAUUAGCUUUUCAAUUUUUAAAAGCUGUCGUUUCUCAACAUUUAAUGUUGCCUGAGAUUUAUGAUAUUAUGGAAAGUGUCUCGAAAUUAAUGAUUGUUAAUCAUACAAAAGAAAUUAGAGAUAUGUCAAGAUCAGUUUAUUUUCAAUUUCUCAUGGAGUAUGAUCAAAGUAAAGGCAGGUUAGAGAAACAAUUUAAGUUUUUGGUGAAUAAUUUGUCAUAUCCGACUGAAGAAGGAAGACAAUCAGUUAUGGAGUUAAUUCAUUUGAUUAUCAUGAAAGCUGGUAAAGACUUAUUAGAAAAAUUGAAUUCUUCGUUUUUUAUAGCCUUGUCCAAUGUGUUGAUAAUGGAUAGUUCAGCAAGAUCAAGAGAGAUGGCUAGUUCGUUGUUGAUAAAUUUGAUGAAAAAGGUUAAAAAUAUUAAAUUUAUGGAAGAUUAUUGUUCCGGUUGGUUGAAACAGUCAAAGGUUUUAUUGAAAAGAUGUGGAUUCCAAAUUUACAAAUUGAUCAUAUCUGUGUUUGGGUAUAAGCAUAACGAACAAUUAAAUAAAUUGGUUUUAGACAAUAUUCAAGCAAUUUUGAAAGAUGCUCAAUUUUCUGAUGAAGGAAAUGACGUUGAAUGGGAAUUAAUUUAUUCUGCCCUUUCUGCUUUCAGUUCAAUUGCAUCCGAUGUGAAGGACCAAACAUUCGAGGCUAAAUUUCAAACUAUCUGGGUCUCGAUAAUUGAUUGUUUGUUGUAUCCACAUUCAUGGAUUAGACUCAUCUGUUGUAAGUUAAUUUCAAUCCCGCUCGCAAAUUUAGACAAGAGUAAAAUUAAAGGCGCUCAAUUAGAAUUAAUAAUGAUCAAGUUGAUUCAUCAAUUGAGAACUCCCUCGUUAUCUGAAGAAUUGGGGAAUGUUUGUAUCAAAAAUUUGGUGUUCAUUGCGAUAAAAUGGGAAGCUAAUGACACAUACAUUGAAAAUGAAUCAAAUGAUAAGAUACAUGCAAACGACUUUUUGGUGAAUAAAAUAUGUGGUGUAAUAAAACAAGAGAAUUUUCAAUCAAUUAUUGCUAAAAAAAUGUCAAUUAAGUUUUUGAAUUUAUUUUUACAAGUCAUAAGUGGUUCUAAAUCAAUAAAAAUUUCAGAAAAGAUAAUAGCAGCAUUAUAUAAUUUCACUGAUUCAGAAUACGCUAGAACUAUGGAAAGUGAUGAAUUGACGAAUUUAUCAUUAGAAACUUUAAACUUAAUUAAAGAAAAAAUAGGUAUAACUGAAUACACUUCAUUAUUUGCUAAAAUUAAACAAGAAGUAGAUGCAAGAAGGAGAAGUAGAAAAGCUAAAAAGGCUCAAUUAACUUUGAAUGCUCCCGUUAUAGCUGCUAAAAGGAAUUUCAAAAAGCAUGAAAGGUUUAGAGAGAAAAGGAAAAACGAACGUGAUGAAAAUGGAUAUUAUAAAAGUAAGAAAAAAAGAGUGAUUUAA